GCAGAGGUCCAGGCUCACCCCCACCCACCCCAGGGCUCUGUUCUCUCUCUAGCUCCAUAGGACCCAGCUCCUGGGGGCAGUGACGCUCCAUCAGCACCAGCUUUGAGUCUGCUGGGGGAAUAGGACACACUGGCUUUGUACAGACAGGACUUAGGACUGAAUUUCCAUCUCAGGGGUCAAAUGAUUCAGCUUGCCAAAUUGCACAAACUAUGAUAAACAUUUAGAAAAUCAAUCCCAUCCUGUACUAACAGUUACCCUGGGAGUUGGGGAAGGGGGUCCUCCAAUUUGAGAAGGGUUCUAGGCGGAGGGGGCGGGGACGACAGCAACUAUCUCCCUAGUUAAAAGUCCCAAGGCCUCCUUUUCUUUUUUAUGGGGCCGUGGUCACAUCACUUGAAAACCACCUCUUAGCUGGAAGUACGUAAGUUUCGAGUCACAAAAAAUAGGGAAACUUACACAGAAUUUCCUUGGCCACUUCCCCAUCCGAGUGAUCACGCAGCCAGCACGGCCGCCAGGAGGGCGCUCCCAGUGAGGAGGGAAAAGGUGUGUUCACAGCCACCCAGGCGGAGGAGUGACACAGCCCGAUUGGGAAAUCCCUGGACACGAGAAUAUAAAUUCCUGCCCAACUGCUGGGCUUCCACGGAGGGCGAAGGGCCUGGCAGCCUUCCCGGGAGAGAAGCCCCAGGUGAAAGAUGCAGAGCUGCAGGCUACGGGGUCUUGGACCUGAGGUCUCCCCUUCCUGUGUCCUCCUGAAGUUUUGGGGAGCAAUGGCCAUCUGGUCCAUGUUGACAGUGGGUGUUUCUGCCUUCGUCAUUCAGCCUGAAGAACACACAGUGGCUGCAGGAAACUGCCAUUUUCGUGGCAAGCAUCCCCAAACCAGGCUCAAGGUAGAAGGGGAGCCUGUGGCCAUGAGGUGUCCCCAGGUGCCAUACUGGGACUCUGCCAGCGCCGGUGUCAAUGUGACAUGGCGUAGAAAUGAUUCCACGACCAUCCCAGGGGAAGAAAAGACGCGAGUGUGGGUCCAGGACGGUGCUCUCUGGAUUGUGCCAGCCUUGCAGGGGGACUCCGGCACCUACAUCUGCACUGUCAGAAAUGCCUCUUACUGUGAUGAAAUGUCUGUGGAGCUUGGAGUCUUCGAGAAGACAGAAGCUUCCCUGUCUCUCAUGUCAUACCCGCAGAUUAUACCCAUGUCAACCUCUGGCUUAUUAGUGUGCCCUGAUCUGAGUGAAUUCAUCCAUAAUAAAACAGAUGUGAAGAUUCAGUGGUACAAGGAGUCUGUCCCUUUGGAUCAAGGUGGUGAGAAGUUUCUGAGUGUGAGGGGAACUCGCUUACUCGUAAACAAUGUCUCUGUGGAGGAUGCGGGCUAUUACACCUGUGCCAUGACAUUUGCCCAUGGAGGAAGGUCAUACAACAUCACUAGGAAUAUCAAACUCCGUAUCAAAAAAAAAGAAGAGGAGACAAUUCCCGUGAUUAUCUCCCCACGCCAGACCAUAUCUGCUUCACUGGGCUCGAGACUGACGAUCCCAUGUAAGGUGUUUCUGGGAGCUGGGAUCCCCACGACCACUGUGCUAUGGUGGAUGGCCAACAACACUCACAUAGAUGAUGCCUACCAGGGAGGCCGCGUGACUGAGGGGCAGCGCCAGGAAUACUCAGAAAAUAAUGAGAACUACAUUGAAGUGCCACUGAUUUUUGAAAGAGUCAUAAGAGAGGAUUUGCAUACGGAUUUUAAAUGUGUUGUCAUUAAUACCAUGAGUUUCCAGACGCUUCGUACCACAGUCAAAGAAGCUGCCUCGUUCUCCUGGGGGAUUGCGCUGGCCCCCCUCGCCCUCAUCAUCCUGGUUUUGGGAGGAAUAUGGAUACACAGACGGUGUAAACGGAGAACUGGAAAAACCUAUGGUUUAAUAGAGUUAAAGACUGGCCAUCAAGAUUCCUAGUCCUGUCCCAGUAAAAUAAAGGAAGUUAAAUAAUUCCAAUCCAGUGAUGUCCUUUCUAAUGGAAGCAGCUCUGGCUUGUGAAGGAUACUGUUCUUUUCCUCAGUUGUUUAACAUAGCUGCUCUGUUUAUAGUGGGUUUGUAAUAAAAGAUUGAAAUGUUCGUGUAAA